AUGCCCCGGGUGAGGAUCGAACUCACGACCUUAAGAUUAUGAGACUUACGCGCUGCCUACUGCGCUACCGAGGCUCUUGAGUAACUCUCUCUAUGUUUGUGAAUAUUUGUAGACAAGUAGACUGUUGACCCUUGCGUUGUUAUAUAUUUAAACAAAUCAUAUGUCAAAAGGAAUGUGUCUUGCGAAAUGCAUAUUGCUGAUUACUUCCAAUGCCAAGGAGAUUCCUUUAAAACAUAGAGUAUUCGUCAGGAUUCAUAAGAGGAGAAAAGCGUCAUCAUAUCAUUAGCUGUCAUUAAUAUUUUGUCAAUAUGCUUUGUCCGGAGACAUCCAAUUUUAAACCACCACGACAUUAUAUAUCCAUGGAUAGGAGAGAUUUUACAAAAAUAGAUAUACCUGCUGUGAUGAACACUCAUUAUUUCAAUCACUCGGUGUCUGUGGUGCUUCCUGAUACUGUCACCAUUCCUGACACUUUAAGGAAUUGUCUGUCAGAGGACACGGAUUAUUAUCGGAUAAAUGCGCUGCGAGUCUGCGAUCUCUUAAGCACAGAAUUUAUUGAGGCUUUUGUUAAGAAAGGAGAAGUCAGCCUUAUGACAAUAGAAAACAAAAUAGAUUUGCAAAAUUCCAUUUGUGUUACUCCAACUGGAUACCUGCUACUUUCUUUGCUAACCGAAGACUAUCAAGCGCUUGGUUUAGAAGGCAAGGCAUCUUCCUUUAAUUGCAAACCUCACACACGUUAUGUAGUAACAAUUAAUCUGAAAAGUGAAAAUUUUGUUCCUGGUAAGAAGAACUAUGAAAGGACUCGAAUAGCGCUGGAACAACGUCUCAAACAGAGUUUUGAUGUUAUAGUGUCCUGGGAUCCACCAAACACUAAUUUAUGUCCAUCAUCAAUAGCAGCAUGGUUCUACGCACGCAAUUAUGAGGUUUGUCUCUGUCAUCAGACAUUUUCUCAAAGAACAAAAUAUUCAAUGGCAUUACCCACUCUUCAAGAAGGAUGCAACUUGGAUAAAUUUUUUGAAUGGCUUGGAAUCUUUAGCAUUGGUGGUGAUCUGUCUAAUGGAGAAACAGAUAACUAUGUAAAUACAUAUGAGUGCCCUCCGCUUUCUAUAGAUAUUGGACAAGUGCAGCAUUUACAAUGGACUGGGUUCUUUACACGACAGAAGAUGCACGAGAUGUAUAAUGCAUUGAAAGAAUACGUAUUAUCACGAAAGACCUUACCAUGGGUCAGUUUAGAUGUACAAGGAUUUGCAGAUAGUCCUACCAGCUGGGAUUUAAAGGAACACAUGUUUUUCACCGAUGGAGAUAACAGUUACACUAUCAUAUUUCAACUUACAGGUGAAUCCAUUAUACGAAAAAGUCUCAGUUCUAAUAAUAGACCCAGAAUAUGUCAAUAGAUCUUAAAUAAAUUAUAUUCAAUAACUUUAAUAAGAGAACAAUGUGGAUUAUAAGGAGAUUAUUUUUUUAAAUAAAUUGCUAACUGACAAACUCCGAAAUUCAUAUUGUAAUUUAUUUUAUCACGAAGAAGAGUUGAGUAGCUACAAGUCAUGCAUUUUAUUAAUAUAAUGUAAUAAAAUACUAUCUUAUAUAUCAAUAAAUACGAUAAGUUGAUAACACAAAGAGACAAGAGGUGCAAAACUGACAAAAGAUAAACAUAAAAUAAGUACCGAUUAUUUUUUA